AUGAAGACCUUUUCGACAGCCAUUUUGACAAUCCUCGCCACUUGUGUGUCACACUCCUAUGGUUAUGACGAGAUUCCAAAUACUGAUUACCAUGGAAUGUUUCAGGGCUGCGAAGCUGCGAAUGGUAUUCUGGGCUCUUUCUCACAGUCAGGUCACCCCAACCCCCAAUCGUGCGAUAAGCUCUGCCGAAGCAACAACGAUUCGGGUGGCUUGAGAGCAUUUAUGUACAUGAAAGGCCAUUGUAAGUGUCUGUACGACUUUAACACCAUGACAUGCCCACCUACAAUGACCUGCGAUUUCGAUGGAAGAACUGGUAGCGGCCCUAUUCAACCAAAGCCCAAUACUCCAACCUACUACAGUUGCUACGAAUACCAAAGAUCCGAUACUGAUACUGGAAGCACAACAAGCGGGCCAACCUCUGGGCCAACGCCUACACCAGUAGUUGAACAAUCCACUAUCGCAAAUACUAAUUUCCUUGGAAAUGAGCAGGGCUGCGAAGCUGCGAAUGGUGAACUUGACUUUUCCUUUAAGGUAGGUCAAACUCCGACGCCCGAGUCUUGCGACCAGCUCUGCCGAAACAACAACGAUUCGGGUGGCUUGCGAGGAUUUAGGUACAUUCCUGGACCCGGCGUCUGUAUGUGCUUGUACGAUGAUGGCACAUGCCCACCUGCGUUAGGCUGCACUGUCGGUAAAAGUGGUAGCGGCCCCAUUGAACCAAAGCCCCAUACAUACAGCAACACGGAUUGCUACGCAUACAAAAGUUUCCCUGUUGGUGGAUCCAAGAACACAGAAAGCAAUGGCGAUCCUCAUUUCCGCACCUGGAAGGACGAGCACUUUGAGUUCCACGGACAGUGCGAUCUUGUCAUGACAAAGGUCAAAAACUUUGCCAACAAGGAGAGCGUCGACCUUGUGAUCCAGCUUCGUACGAACAUGGUUCGGUACUGGAGCUAUAUUAGAUCCGCCGCUAUUCGCAUCGGAGAUGAUAUCCUCGAGGUCGAAGGAUCCGUUGACAACGAAGACGGCAUCGACAAGCGUCACCACUGGAUCAACUUUGAGUACAGUGGUGAAAUCCAAGACCUUGGUGGCUACCCAGUCACCAUUAGCCCGCGCAACAACAAGUACACUAUUGACCUUGACAAAGACUACUCCGGCCUAAAGAUCGAGAUCAAAACCUUCAAGGAGUUUGUGGGUGUCAAGAUCAUUGGUGCCACCGAGGAGUCCUUUGGAAAUGCCGUUGGUAUCACUGGUGAUUUCAACACUGGAAACACCUAUGCCCGUGAUGGCAGUACCGUCUUGCAUGAUUUCAACGAGCUCGGCCUCGAGUGGCAAGUCUUGCCAUCCGAUGGCAAGUUGUUCCAUGAGAUCGCCAAACCUCAGUUCCCAGAGUUGUGCUACCUUCCGGAAGAUCCCCGCGGCGAACGUGCUCGUCGCUUGGCCGAAUCGGAUAUCACCGAAGAAGCUGCCGAAGCCGCUUGUGCCGGCCUCAAGGAUGACUUCGAUCGCAAGGGAUGCGUCUAUGAUAUCUUGGCCACCCAAGAUAUGGACAUGGUCGGUGCCUACUAA